AUAUGGACUGUGAAAACGAUCAUUUUGUGACUGGGUAAGGAAGAGCCAAAACUUAUUGUGUCUUUAUUAUUUACAAUUGCUUGGCCUAAUAUCUAGGUCUGUUCAUCUAUAGGCUCUGAUACAAAUGCGUUUCUGCUAUUCCUGUUAUCAUCUCGAUUGACCUUUGACCUUUGCAACUGACCUUCUGACCACUUGGUUGUUUGCUUGAAAUGAGAUAGCAAAUUGUAACCAAUUUUGGUUAAUUUAGAACGUGCUUUUGUAUUUAUACGUACCAUUUUCAAAUAUGUUCGUUUAAAUGAACUAUAUCUCACUUUGACCAAAGCGCAUUUUUUUAAACAUUGAUUAGUAUAUAUAAUGAUGCUAUAUUCAGUUGUUAUUAUUUUUUCAGUUAUUUUCAUAAUAACUUGGAAUCCAAUUCUGUCGUUUUUUGCUUCAUUUCUGGCUUUUAAUGUGCUCGGAGGAUGGAAAUAUAGCAAAACUUUACCGCGAGACCUCUCAACAAUUCGAGUUUUUAUACACCUAAAAUUAAUAAUUUCACGAUACGAAAAGGCCAACUUGACUAUAAUCGAGUGCUUUGAGAAGACUGCCAAGAAGUUUCCUACUAAGGCUAUGUUCAACUUCGAAGGACAAACACAGACUUUUUCAUUGGUCAACGAACAGGCUGAGAAGAUUGCGAGUUUCUUCCAAAGUGUUGGCGUUAAAAAAGGAGAUUGUGUUGCUCUUUUCAUGGAAAAUUCCCCGGACUUGGUGUCGUUCUGGCUGGGAUGUGCCAAAAUUGGAGCCGUGUCCUCCCUCAUAAAUUUCAAUUUGAGGGAGAAAUCUCUAACUCACUCUAUAAACACAUGUAAACCAAAAUUAUUGGUUGUUGCAUCAUCUUUUGCUCCAGAUAUUGCCCACAUUUUAGAAAGUUUAGAAAUUUCGGGCAAGAAAAAUUCGAUUUACGUUCACGAUGAAGGAUUUAAAAAACUGCAAGGUUCUGACUUAGGACCUCGAGGCGAUGUUUUUUCAGACGAGUUUGAGGGUUUCGAAAACAUUUCGGAGAAGUUAGUCUCUCAAACUGGAGGUUAUAUUAGACCGAAGCUUCAUUUGAGCGAUCUUUUGAUGUACAUUUACACAUCAGGAACGACCGGAUUGCCAAAAGCGGCGAAGAUUACGAAUUAUCGGUUCAUGAACAUGGCUGUCGGCGUCGGCUAUUUGAACAAAAUAACCAAAGAUGACGUUUUAUGGACGCCUCUGCCAUUAUACCACAGUAACGCAGGUAUACUUGCAGUCGGCCAGGCUAUAUACAACGGAGCAACUGUUGCGUUUCGCCGAAAGUUCUCAGCUAGCCGAUUUUGGAACGAUAUCACUGAAUCAAAAGCAACGUGUUUUAACUAUUUGGGCGAGAUUUUGAGGUACAUUUACAAGCAGCCGUACAACCCAUGCGAGGAAAAACAUCAGUUGAGGACUAUUUUUGGCAAUGGGUUGAAACAGCAAUUGUGGUUGGACAUCAAAUCGAGGUACAAAAUCCCGCAUAUUUGUGAGAUUUAUGGGUCGACCGAGGGCAACUGCAACCUGGUGAACUUUGACGAGACGCCCGGAGCCUGUGGGUUCCUGUCAAUCAUUUUCCCCAAGGACAUAGUCGGAAUCUACCUAAUGAAGUGCGACGAUGAGGGAAACCUCAUCAGGGACUGGAGGGGGUUGUGUGUGCAGUCGCAGCCUGGAGAACAGGGGCUGGUAGUGGGCUCCAUUAAGGAGAGUGACCCAACUAGGCGGUUCGACGGAUACUUGGGCGAAAAUGAGACCAACAAAAAGGUAGCGCGUAACGUGAAGAAGAGGGGCGACCAGGCAUUUGUGUCUGGGGACAUUUUGUACAUGGACCAGUUGGGCUAUGUCUACUUCAAGGACAGAACCGGGGACACUUUCAGGUGGAAGGGGGAGAAUGUGUCCACGUGUGAGGUGGAGAGUGCACUUGCGAGCUCCGUAGAACACAGAGACGUGAUCGUAUAUGGAGUGGAGAUUCCCGGGACGGAUGGGAGGGCGGGAAUGGCUGCCAUCGGGAAUGAAGACGGUCACGUGGAUAUGUGUCGUGUAUCACGUGCCGCACUCUCUCUUCCGUCAUACGCGAGACCAAUCUUCGUACGACUGCUGAGAACGAGUGCCGACAGCCACAUGACAGGUACGUUCAAACUCAGAAAGGUAGAGUUGCAGAAAGAAGGGUUUGACUUGGAGAAAGUUCACGAUCCGAUUUGGUUCUGGAAGGCGAAAGAGAGCAAAUACGAGCUCAUGUCUUUCGACACUUAUACCAACAUCAUUCAAGCUAAUACCUCUCUCUAAAUGGACAGAUAAACUGUUUUUUUUUUCACUUCUAUUUUUGGGCUUUGGGCGUCAAUAUGUCUCAAUGUGCCGUGGUCCCCAAUAUAAUCACUUUGAAGGAAAAUGCGCGCCGAAAAAACGCGUUUUUUUGGCCAGAACUUUAACAAAAGUCCAAAAAACUAUAUCAGCAUCUGUUGCGUAAAAUACAAUUAUUCCGGUACGAUAUGUAAUUAUAAUUUUAAUUUGUAAAAUUGAAAUAAUUUUUAUUGAAAUAAAGU